AUGCCUCGAAUAGGCAAUCAUAAAAAUACUACACGUAAAUCAUCUCAUUUUCAACCUAAAUUAGUUGGAACUAAAAGAAAACAUCCUCAAUUCGCUCGAAGAAAACAAAAAAAAACAGAACAAAAAGAAAAUGAAGAUAGUAAUGACAAACAACAAAACGAGUUUAAUGAAGAACAAAACGAAAGUAUUAAGCCAGUAAAAAAAACGAAAAAAAAUCUUUCUCAACAAGAACAAUUUGAUAUUAUUGAAGAAAUGAGUAAAAAAUAUGACCAAAAAAUACAAAUAAAUAAUACAAUUGAUACUGAGAAAGUUAAAAAAGUUGAAAAGAAAGUUGCUCGAAAAUUAAUGAAUAAACAAAAGAAACAACAAAUUAAAGAUUCAAUUUAUGAAGAAUUAAGAAAACAAUUACAUUCUAAAACAAAAUAA